CGAAGAAGUAACUGAAGACUACUGUAGGAUGUAAUGAAAAAGAAAGCAAAAAGUAAACAAACAACUUAUAAACAAUCCUUGGAAAAAAUGUACGCAACGCCAGAGGAAGAUUACUUCAGCAAUUUUAAUCAUAAUAAAAAUACUGAAAGUAUUUUGCCAGCGGUGGAACUUAUGGUUAACUUUCGUUUGAAUGGUGACCGCAUGAAGAAGCCGUGUAUUUUGUGUGCAGAGAAAAUUGUGUUUAAAGGGUUGCUUCAGCUGCGGUUGACGGAAAAAGGGGAUCAGCGCCGUGUGUACAUUACUACAUUGGAUGCCGGUUCUUUUAAUGAACUAAAACACGAUCAGUCGCUGCAUGUCACUUUCUCUGGGUUCAUUGAGAAUUUGGCGCGUAUGCUGCAAGAUUGCCGGACAGGGAAGCUUGAAUUAGCGCUGGUGCAAAAACAGAGCAAUACUACAGAUGAAUCAAUGGACUAUCAAUUGCAGUUUGUAGAAAUGCGCAGUUUUAAAAAUUUAAUUCAUUUAUGUCUGCCCAGUCGCAUCGCGCCACUGAAUGUGGUACUAUUCUAUAUGAGCAGCCGGCUUGAUGCUAUACAUACCAGGAAUCAAUCUCAAGAACAUCAAAUACAGUCACUACAGCAGGAAGUAGAUAUGCAUCUACAUACCAUUGAACAGUUGAAUGCGGAAAAUGGGAAACUAAGGGAAAAUCUAGUGGAUAACACAAGAAACUUGAACCAACGGCACUCAGAGGAGUUGCAACAUUUACAAGAGAGUUUGCGCAAAGCUUCCGAGCAGAGACACCUCGAUAAUGAGCGUAGCCAAAAAACAAUUACGGCAUUGCAAUUGCAAAUGGAUAAACUAAUAGCUGAGAAAAACAAUCUACAAACUGAGAAAAUUAAGGAACAAAAGCACAUCGAUAUGAUUAAUGAAGAAUUGGUUAGUGCCAGAUCACAGAACUCGUCAUUGAAAGAUCAAAUCGAACGCCUACACGCUGAAAUAUCCUCCAAUAAAAAUACGGAACGUAAAAAUGAAAUGCAUUUGGCCGAUGCGAGGAAUCAUAUCUCGGAGCUGCAGGAAAAAUUUAAAAAAUAUGACAAAGCUAAGGCUGAUGUUGUCGCCGAACUAGAAGCGGAGAAAAAAAUCUCACAAACAAAACGAAAAGCACUGGAGAUGGCUGCGGAGGAGAUCUCCAAAGCUAAUGAAAUAAUCUUAAAACAAACACAAGAGCUAAUAAAACUUAAAAAGACAAUUCACUGGCGUACGGAGGUUGCAUUACAACAGGAGAAAGCAAUUGAAGAUAAAGAUGCUCUGUUGCAAUUGCGUGAAAAAGAAUUGGCACAAGCUCGAAAAACUAUUGAAACUUUACGUGAAGAAAUACCACAACAACUCGACUCCAUGCGUAAAUUUGCCAACACGCUAGAACAGAAAUAUAGCGAACAAAUAAAUGCCUUGCGCGAUAAAUUGAAGUCCACUGGCAAGGAGAAUGUUUCACCACGCAUGUCCAAUACACCACUGUCUGCUGUUCGUUACAAAUGAACGUACUCGUAUACUGUUACUGUUUUUCUAAUUAAAACCCCACCGUCAUUUUGUACAAUCUUUGUUAUAACCAAAUAUAAUAAACAUGACCUUACAUGGAAUUCUGUGAAAAAUA